AUGCAUUAUAUAUAUCAGCCGGUGCAAUGGGGCGAAUCUAGCAUGGUCGACGCCGAGCGGCGGCUGCUGGCGAACGCGCUCCUCGACCCGUCGAACUGCCGCUUCGUCCUCCUGUCCGACUCGUGCAUCCCGCUCUUCAACUUCUCCGUGGCCUACGGCUAUCUCGCAGGCUCCCACCUCAGCUUCGUCAGCUCCUUCGACGACCCGGGCAGCGCGGGGCGCGGCCGCUACAACAGGCGCAUGCGGCCGACCGUCUCCCUCGCCGAGUGGCGCAAGGGCUCGCAGUGGUUCGCGGUGCACCGGGAGCUGGCAGUCGGGAUCCUGUCGGACCGCCGCUACUACCCCGUGUUCCGGGAGCACUGCAGGCCGCCGUGCUACGCCGACGAGCACUACAUACCGACGCUGGUCUCCAAGCUCUUUCCAGCGCGCAACGCCAACCGGAGCGUCACGUGGGUCGACUGGUCCGGCGGUGGGCCCCACCCGGCGGUGUAUCGGCGUCGGGACGUGUCGGAAGGGUUGCUGCGGAGGAUGCGGGACGGGUCGACGACGUCGCGUUGUUCGUACAACGAGAGGGCGACCUCCAUUUGCUUCUUGUUCGCGAGGAAGUUCGACGCGAGCGCCCUCAAGCCUCUGAUGCUCAUGGCGCCCGCCUUGUUAGGGUUUUGAGUUUAAUCCUGUUUAUUUAGUAAGGCUCCGUUUAGUUCGAAAAUAAUGAACAUGGAGAUAAAUUUUUUUGCGUUGUUCGUGAGGAAGUUCGAUGUGAGCGCCCUCCAGCCACUGAUGCUCAUGGCGCUCAUCUUGUUAG